CAGCCAUCAUCGGUCAGACCACAACACAAUUAUCCUUUUUUGAGUCUAUAAAUACAUCCUACCAAGGAAGAGAAGCUGCAUAUCUAAAUUCUGAAGUCUGAGAUUACCUUGAAAAAGCCUCUCUCUCUCGAGUACCUGUCUUUAAUUUCCCUGCAUUUCCUUGUGUGUUAGAUAGAGCAAACAUGGUGUUCAAGUUGAGCAGUCAAGAGAACUUGUUGUCUAAGAUUGCAACUGGGAAUGGACACGGCGAGGACUCGCCGUAUUUUGAUGGCUGGAAAGCCUACGAUAGCGAUCCAUUUCAUCCGGAACAGAAUCCUCAUGGAGUCAUCCAGAUGGGACUUGCAGAGAAUCAGCUUUGCUUUGAUUUGAUUGAAGAUUGGCUUUUAGACAACCAAAAAGCCUCCAUUUGCACAAAUGAAGGAGUGAAUGAAUUCAAGGACAUAGCAAAUUUUCAGGACUACCAUGGCUUGCCAGAGUUUAGAAAUGCUGUCGCAAAGUUUAUGGCCAAAGUGAGAGGAAAUAGAGUUACAUUCAAUCCUGACAACAUUGUCAUGAGCGGCGGAGCGACCGGAGCGCACGAGACUCUGGCCUUCUGUUUAGCUGAUCCUGGUGAUGCAUUUUUGGUUCCCACACCUUACUAUCCAGGAUUCGAUCGCGACUUGAGAUGGAGAACUGGAAUCCAACUUCUUCCGGUUGUUUGUGAGAGCUCUAAUAAUUUCAAGAUUACAAGGGAAGCCAUGGAAGCUGCAUAUGAAAGAGCACAAGAAGCUAACAUCAAAGUGAAGGGAUUGCUCAUAAACAAUCCAUCAAAUCCAUUAGGUACUGUGUUAGAUAGAGAGACACUAAGAAGUAUAGCGAGCUUCAUCAAUGAAAAGAACAUCCAUUUAGUCUGUGACGAGAUCUACGCUGCCACAGUUUUUAAUCAACCUAAUUUCAUCUCCGUUUCGGAGAUUAUAGAGGAAGACAUUGAUGUUCAAUGCAACACAGAUCUUGUCCACAUUGUUUACAGUCUGUCAAAGGACAUGGGCUUCCCUGGCUUCAGAGUUGGCAUAAUAUAUUCAUACAACGAUGCAGUCGUAAGUUGUGCACGCAAAAUGUCCAGUUUCGGACUUGUUUCCACGCAAACUCAAUAUCUGAUUGCAGCAAUGCUAUCCGACGAUGAGUUUGUCGGGAGGUUUGUUGCUGAGAGUAGAAAGAGAUUAGCUAAAAGGCAUAGAGUCUUCACUUGGGGAUUAUCUCGAGCAGGCAUUAAGUACUUGAAGAGAAGCAAUGCAGGCCUAUUUUUAUGGAUGGAUUUACGGCAACUACUCAAAGAUAAGACCUUCGAGGCAGAAAUGGUGCUAUGGCGGGUGAUAAUCGAAGAAGUUAAGCUCAAUGUCUCUCCUGGUUCUUCUUUUCAUUGCUCUGAACCAGGUUGGUUCAGGGUUUGUUUUGCAAACAUGGAUGAUGAGACUAUGCAAGUUGCGCUAUCAAGGAUUGAGGAGUUCAUGCUUCUUCGAAAUGUGGGCUCGAUGGUGCCGGUGAAGAGAAUGCUUAGGCAACAAAGCCUUAACAUCGGCGGCUUAUCUAGGAGAUUUGACGAACGUAUUAUGUCACCAUGCCUGAGGUCCCCUCACUCACCAAUGCCUCCAUCACCCCUCAUUAGAGCAACAAACUAGGCAGGAAUGGCGACAGCAAUUCGCGCAUACUAUAUAUCUGCAGCUGUAGGAGAAUUGUUCUUCAAUUCUUGUUUAUCAGGCUAAAAUUUACAUACCUGCAAAGAAUAAUCUGUUCUUUUUUUUAGCACAUUCCAUGUGUUUCACGUAUCACAGACUUGACAGUAUAGGAUUGCAAUUACUUAUGUUUGGCUUCAAAGUCAUGACAGAUAAUUGAUUUUUGUUAAUGUAUGGAGAAGUAGUUUUAUGCAAAACAGAUUCCAUGA